GUGGAGACUACCUGCAUGUUCUGCUGGUCAGGACUACAGAAACCCUGUGAGUCCAACGCUGCUUAACCCAGAACCGGAACGAAGAGUAGCGAGGAUACCCGAACCCCCGGUAACCAUGGCAACAGACUCAGCGACACGCCAGUUCGUUUUGGGGCUCGUGCUUCUCUCUGUCCAGGUUUUUCCGUUGGAGAGCAAUUUAACAAGAUCCUCUACACAGGCGGAUGUUCUGACGCCAUACAAAGAAGGCCAUGGCCCCUCCCACUCCUAUCGCCACGUUAGAGACUGCCAGCACGUGGUCCAUGGCAGGAGAACAUUUGAGACCUGGCCCUCAGGUAGCCAUGACGCCCUCUCUGUGGCCGAGUCCACUGUCUUCAUAUCAAACGAGCCAGGCAGGACGUCCCGCCGGGUCCACGGCCACAUGGCGUUCGUUCACGACCCGCUGAAGACCGUGUCGGUGUUGGAGCCGGGAGGGCCGGGCGGCUGUGGGAGGAGCCACAGGGUGACGGUGCAGGAGACGGCGGAGGCUGCCGGGUGUCUGUACGCUCUGAACGCCGGCUUCUUCAACACCUCGACCGACGGUUGUCUUGGCAACGUGGUGAGCGACGGUAAACUGGUGAGGGACAGCCAGGGGGUGCAGAACGCCCAGUUUGGCAUCAAGAAGGACGGCAGCCUCGUGUUUGGGUUUCUGUCCCAGGAAGAUGUGUUGGACCAGUCGAACCCGUUUGUGCAGCUGGUCAGCGGUGUGAUGUGGCUGCUGAGGAACGGGGAGGUUUACAUCAACCAGAGCCUGCAGGCCAAGUGUGACAAACUGGUGGACCAGGAGGUGUUCAGGGAUUUUGUGGAUGUGCUGUCAGCGAGGACGGCGGUGGGUCACGACGCCCAGGGCAACCUGGUCCUGUUUCAUGUGGACGGACAGACCAACGAACGAGGCAUGAAUCUCUGGGAGGUGGCAGAGUUCCUGAAGACAAACGGCGUAAUCAAUGCCAUCAAUCUGGACGGAGGCGGGUCUUCCAGUUUUGUUAUCAACGGCACGUUGGCCAGCUACCCGGCGGACAAAUGUAAAUCUGACAGCAGGUGGCGCUGUGCUCGGCCUGUCUCCACCAUCCUAUGUGUUCACCGGCGGCGCUGCAAGCCGGAAAAAUGCAGCAAAAACGGAAAGUGUGUGGACGGACGCUGUCGGUGUCAGGAGGGCUGGCAGGGAGACGCCUGUGACUCUCUAACGUGUCAGCCUGCAGCAUGCAGUCCUCACGGCGUCUGCACACCGGGUGGGUGUGUCUGUGAUUCUGGAUGGAGAGGAAUGAACUGCAGCGAAGAGUGCCUACCAGGUUUCUACGGCAUCGGCUGCAGACAGACCUGCAUCUGCUUCAACGGAGCUUCCUGUAACCACGUCCAUGGAAGCUGCAUGUGUCCUCCUGGUUUCCACAGCAACUUCUGUGAACAAGUGUGUCCUCCAGGUUUCUUCGGUGUGUCCUGCGCUGAGAGGUGUCAGUGUGACGAUCGGUGCUCCUGUAACCCGCUGACAGGAAACUGUGUCUUCAACAUCGACGACAGAUUAAACAAAGGUCGAUGUUUGGAGAAACAGUUGUUUACAUCAUGGCAGGACGUUUACAGAGACAGACCUUCUCAGACAAAUCAAACGUGGCUGAUAGUCACCGUCACUCUGGCUCUCUUUCUGUUGAUCCGACUGGCUGUUCACCUCCUGCGGGCGAGUCGGAGGUGGUUCCUCUUCAGUUACUUUCCCCUGAGCAACAUCAGCAGACAGACGCCGCUCGCUGCAGUUAUACAGAGUCUGUGAGAUGCUGCAGACAUCCUCCUAACAGACGUGAGAACAGAAGACGGAGACAUUUUACAAUGAUGCAAAUAUCAGAAAUCCAGUGACAGGAAAACCGUCCACUGGAUGAAGGAGAAAAAAACAAUGAGUUGGUGCCCUGUUGACCCACACUGGGUCCAUUUUUAGCUCUGAAUUUGUAUAAAAUAUGAUAUAAAACCAACUUAAAAGACUGGAACACCUGAAAUAGUUGUUCAGCGUUUUGAGGAGUGUCUGCUCGAAACGUCUGUGUGAUAGGGCUGGACGAUAUGGACCAAAACUCAUAUCUUGAUAUUGUUUAGCUGAAUGGCGAUACUCGAUAUAUAUCCAUAUGUAUUAUAUUAACAGUGGAAACACAUGGAAAAAUAAACUACCUGUUUGUGAAUUUAAAAAGUAAUAUUAUAAAAUAAAAAUGUUCCUUAAAUACAAUAAAAGAGAGAGAGAGGAGGAGCAGGGUUAAGAGAGACAGACAGUCAGUCAUCAUCAGUGAGAUGAGAAAAAAGUGACCUGGCACCUCUGUAACAUUAUU